AUUCGCGAACCUUCUAUCUAGCGAUCCGUUAUCUGUAUUGUGCUAUUUCGUCCAUGACCUGCUUUAAACACUCAGUUUACUUGCUAAAUUUGAUUAAACAAUUAAAUACAAUACAAAUAUAUAGUAAAAACAAGUGUAAUCUGUAAUGAUAUCAACAUCAGUUAUUAGACCGUCACACGGAGCAUGCGCAGUUGGAUUGGCGCGCUGCAUGUUGAUGUCUGUUCCAAGAUACAUCGUGUGUUUAUUAAGGAACCCAACAAAACAUUACAUUAUCUAGCGAUCCGUUAACUGUAUUAUGUUAUUUCCUCUUUGGCAACAUGAGCGCGAAUGUUUUUUGAAACCUGCUCGGCAACGGACGACGCGAUCAUCUGCUGCCAUGCAGGUUUGGAAUGGAUUACGUAUGGAUGACGCGCCCGGUACAAAUUUGGCAGCCGGUACAAAUUUGGCAUGACACCUCCUUCAGUGUGAUUUUGUGUCUCCUUAAUAAAUGUGACGACGUGAUCCUUCAACCUGCGAAGGCGCUGACAACGUAGCCUACGGAAUACGCCCUUGUAGCAACCCUGGUCCAAUUCCCGCCUUUCAAGCGACAGAACGUAAUGCCAUGCAGCGUGGAAGACCCGCUGGGCCUGAGACAAGGAGAUGGAGGGAAUCUUGGAAGAGCAGCUCAGCUUCCAUCUCAGCACCACCCAGCUAGAGAGAGCCAAGCCUGAUUCCCUCACUGCUGGGAACCGUCCUAAUAUCUGUAGCAUUCUUCCUAAAUAUGAUCCAAACAAACCGACUGACCCUCGGGUUGAAGGCCUGGUGGAAUUCCUUAAGCAUCAUGCGGGCCUGAGAGCGGAGGUGGGCCCUACGGCGGAGGAGAACUUGAGAGACACCGAGCUGCUGGCUACGGAGCUGGAGCAGCUCCGCUCUGAGCUGCUGGCGCUGCAGAGCUCCGACGGGCAGCUGGUGGGCCUGGUGGAGGAGCUCUACGCUGAGGCCCAGCACAGAGCAGCACUGGUAGACAGCCUCCAGGAGGAGCUGCACAGUAAAUCAACGGAGGUCGAGGACCUGCGGAGACACCGGCAGAAACAGAGAGAGGAGCUGGAGCAGCUCCAGAGCGCCCACCAGAGGAAGGUGUGUGUGCUGCAGCAGGAGAACAGCAGCAGUGUUCAGAAGCUGCAGCAGACAGCCGUUCAGUUCGAGCGGCUCUGCAAACAGCAGCGCUACUGGAUGCUCUGCGUCAAAAGGUACAAAGACUGUCUGACGGAGGAGAGGGAGGCGGUGGUUCAGCAGGUCAGUGACCUGGAGCAGACCGUCCUGAAGCCCAGGGGAUGUUCCCACUGCAGCAGACAGUACCGCUGCCCCCUGCAGGACAGGGGCAGCAACUCCAGGCAUCGGCACCAGUCUAUGUGUGGUGCAGAGUUCCGGGCUGACCAGCAGGGGGAGCCGUGGUCAGCCCUGUGUGAGGACAAAGUCAUCACUCAGGUGGGAGGCGUGGUCGACACGGAGCAGAAACCUCCUUGAGGUUCUCCCUCCGACCAGACGAGUGUGACUCUCCUCCCAGCCCUCUUUAGAAGAUCGAAGAACACCAGAGAGACUGUACGUCGGAACUCCGUCCGCACUCUGGUUUCACUGUUGUUAUUGUGGAGUGAACAGUGAAAUAAUAAAGAGACAAU